AUUCCCUGAGAGAUCUAGCCAGAUAGCUUGAACUCGGCACUAGCAGCAAUGUCGCACGCCGGCGACCAUGCCGUCCUCCUGCUUGUCCUCCUUGCAUCGUCGUCCCUAAUAAGCACGGUGUUUGGUGAUCCUGUGCUUGGCCGCAAGGCUGGGAUUACUACUAGCGUCGAGAAGGCACGGUACGCUGUCAUUUUCGACGGAGGCAGCACGGGAAGCCGGGUGCACGUCUUCAAGUUCGACGAGCAGAUGGACCUCGUCAAGAUCGGCGAUGACAUCGAGUUCUUCGCCCAGGUGAAGCCUGGACUCAGUGCAUACGCUGGUGAACCACAGGAAGCUGCAGAGUCUAUAGCUCCUCUCCUUGAGAAGGCCAAAGGCGUCGUCCCCAAGUGGCUCCAGAAAAGAACUCCCCUUAAACUUGGGGCAACUGCUGGACUGCGACUCAUUGGAGAGGAGAAAUCAGGAGAAAUUCUUGAAGCGGUUCGUGAUCUUGUCAUCCGCAAAAGCAAAUUCCAGUACAACCCUAAAUGGAUCGCUAUCCUUGAGGGAUCUCAAGAGGGCUCAUACAUGUGGAUUGCCCUAAACUAUCUAUUGGGUAACCUUGGAGGUGACUUCUCAAAGACGGUAGGUGUGGUUGAUCUUGGAGGUGGAUCCGUGCAGAUGGCCUAUGCUGUAUCUGAUGGUGCUGCUGCCAACGCCCCUGUGGUCCCAGAUGGGCAGGACCCUUAUAUUACCAAGGAAUACCUCAAAGAAAAACAAUACAAUCUUUAUGUCCACAGUUACUUGCACUAUGGACUUUUAGCUGCUCGGGCAGAGAUACUGAAAGCGAAAAACGGACCAUUUAGUUACUGCAUUCUCGGUGGAUUCAAAGGUACAUACACCUACAAUGGUGAGGAGUACAAUGCAACAGCUCCACCGGAAGGCGCGUCCUACGACAAGUGCAGAGAUGUUGCAACCGCAGCCCUAAACAUGGGCGCCUACUGUGAGGCAAAGAACUGCACCUUCAACGGCGUGUGGAGCGGCGGCGGCGGCGCCGGGCAGGCCAACCUUUACGUCGCUUCUUACUUCUACGACAGGGCCUCACAGGUCGGGAUCGUCGACGGCGAUGCGCCCAAUGGGAAGAGCACUCCAGCCGCAUUCGCAGAUGCGGCGCUGAAGGUCUGCUCGUUGAGCGUCGAGGAUGCCAAAGCUGCGUACCCCAUGGCUUGGGACGUGGAGUACCUCUGCAUGGAUCUCGUCUACGAGUACACACUGCUCGUGGACGGCUUUGGUUUGGAGCCGACCAAAGAGUUCACACUCGUGACCAAGGUGAAAUACGGAGAGUACUAUGUUGACGCAGCGUGGCCCCUGGGCGAUGCGAUAGAGACCUUGUCAUCCCAGCCGCCGCAGCUGCACCAAAUCGCAUGAUCGAUAAUGCUCUAGUGAGGUGUCACCGUAGAUGUGAUGACGUGGAUGGUUACGUACCACUAAUGUUCAAUAAGUAUCAGGCUGCUAUAAGCUAAUAAUAUUUAUGAUAAAAUCACUGGAGCUUA